GAGAGUCCCGUGUCUGUCGCCGAUUCCCCCUCUGACUGAAGCCGCUGCUCGGAUUCCGAACUCAAAUUCGCUCGGGUCAGCUUCAAGUCGGAAGUGUUUCCCUGAGAUGGAGGGUGCUCCCCAGAGCCUGCUUGUGGCUGCACUGCUCCUCCUCUGCAGCCCUCCCACCCCCUGUAGCAGCAGGACUGCCUCAGGACCUGCGGCGGAGCAGGAGCAGAUCAUGGUCCGUCUGGCGGGAGAGAAGCGCACGCACCACGAGGGGCGGGUGGAGAUCUUCUACCAGGGGCAGUGGGGCACGGUGUGCGACGACGAUUUCAACAUCCAUGCUGCCGGGGUGAUUUGCAAGCAACUGGGCUACGAGGGGGCACUGAACUGGGCCCACAGUGCAAAGUACGGACAAGGGACAGGUCCCAUCUGGCUCGAUAAUGUCAACUGCCGGGGUGAGGAGACAACAGUGGCUGGGUGUGGCUCCAAUGGUUGGGGCGUCCAUGACUGUAAACACUCCGAGGACGUGGGGGUGAUUUGCUCAGACAAGAGGCGAGCUGGCUUUGAGAACAAAGAGGCCUUCCAGGAUUCAGACCUUCAGCAACGCAACAAGGUGGACGAGAUCCGUCUGCGGCCAGUCCUGGCUUCCGCCAGGAGGCGCAACCCGGUGACGGAGGGGGUGAUCGAAGUGAAGUACCAGGGGAAGUGGAAGCAGGUGUGCGACAUGGGCUGGAACCUCAACAACAGCAGGGUGGUGUGCGGAAUGCUCGGAUUCCCGGGAGAGAUCCCAGUCAACAUGAGGAUCUACAGGAAGCAAUGGGAUCAAAAGAUGAAGAAUCCUAAAGCCAGGCUGUACUCGGCCACCAGAAAGAAGAGCUUUUGGAUCCACAAGGUGUCGUGCAGUGGCAAUGAGCCACAUCUGUCAGAGUGCAGGGUGCAGAUCUCAGCUGGGAAGAAGCUGCACCCCUGUGAGAGAGGGAUGCACACGGUGGUUAGCUGUGUGGCAGGACCUGCAUUCACACAGGGCACCGGCAGUCGAUUCCGGAAGGCUUAUCGCGCCGAGCAACCCCUGGUGAGGUUAAAGGGCGGAGCACAGACUGGUGAGGGCAGAGUGGAAGUCCUGAAGAAUGGUAAAUGGGGAACCAUCUGUGACGAUCGUUGGAACCUCCUGUCCGCCAGCGUGGUGUGUCGCGAGCUGGGAUACGGCAGUGCCCGGGAGGCACUAACAGGAGCCCGGCUGGGACAAGGGAUGGGCCCCAUCCCACAUGAACGAGGUCACGUGCAGAGGCUUCGAGCGGUCGUGACCGACUGCAGCUUCCGGGAGGCCAGCAACACCUGCAAACACGAGGAGGAUGCAGCAGUUCGAUGCAACAUUCCAGUCAUGGGCUUCCAGAAUAAGAUCCGUUUACGAGGAGGCCGUAACCCCUCGAAGGCCGGGUGGAGAUCCUGGUGGAGGUCAACGGCACAGCCAAGUGGGGCGCCGUGUGUGGCAUUGAACUGGAGACUGACCGAGGCCAUGGUGGUGUGUCGGCAGCUGGGGUUAGGCUUCGCUGACCAUGCCCUGCAGGAGACGUGGUUCUGGCAGGGCGAGCAGACCACCGAGGAGGUGGUCCUGAGUGGACGUCCUGCUCCGGAACAGAACUCUCCAUCCUGCAGUUGCUCACACGACGGCGACCAAAUAGAUUGCCCGAGGGGUGGGGGCCGAUUCGCCGCUGGAGUCAUCUGCACAGAGUCUACUCCCGAUCUUGUCCUGGAUGCCGAGCUGGCCCAGGAGUCUGCCUACCUGGAGGACCGUCCGCUGAACAUGCUCUACUGUGCCCACGAGGAGGGCUGCCUGGCAAAGUCCGCCGACACGAUGAACUGGCCCUACGGACAUCGGCGGCUCUUGCGCUUCUCCUCCCGCAUACACAACAUCGGCAGGACGAGCUUCCGCCCCCGAGCUGGUCGUCACGCCUGGAUCUGGCACAGCUGCCACGCCCACUACCACAGCAUGGAAGUCUUCACACACUAUGACCUCCUCACCCUCAAUGGCAGUAAGGUCGCGGAAGGCCACAAAGCAAGCUUCUGUCUGGAAGACUCAGACUGUGAGAGAGGUAUUUACAAAGAGUAUGCGUGUGCCAACUUUGGAGAGCAAGGCAUCAGCGUGGGUUGCUGGGACCUCUACCGUCACGAUAUCGACUGCCAGUGGAUAGAUAUCACAGAUGUUAAACCCGGAAACUACGUCUUUCAGGUCCACAUCAACCCCAACUACGAAGUGGCAGAGUCAGACUUCUCCAACAAUCUGAUGAAGUGCCGGUGUAGGUACGAUGGCUUCCGUAUCUGGAUGUACGGAUGUCACACAGGUGACGCCUUCAGUGCUGCUAUCGAGGACCAAUUCGAACACCAGGCUGCCUUGUCCAACAACGUAUCCUAACUGGAGGGACAUCACUUGUGAUACCGCACAAUACCUCUGACCUCCCACCCCGGACCCCUGCCUCGUCCCACCACCUUUCACCUGCCCUCCUGUGGAAGAUGACGAGGGUGGGGGGGCUGUCGGCGGUGGGAGUACGAUCCAUUUGUGCAUUCGGAACUUGUGGUCACAUAGAGCUGAUAGAAUUCUUUGUGGAGUGGGGUGAGGCGGGGUGAAACUCAAACUUUUACCACUGGGUCUGAAAUGUGUGAAAGACAAUUCCUCAAUGGUUCAAGCCCCUUCCCCUCCCCCAAAUUAUCCCUCGUCUGAAUCAGACCCCAAUAGUAUCCUGCAGUCAACUGGAAUGCUGCAACACUCCCACCGCCCACACCCAGUGCCCACAAUACUCUCUUCAUUGGUGCUACCUGAGUGUUUUCAGCAAUUUCUAGCUUUAUUAUGUAGGUAAGCUGCAGUGGUUUGUACAGAAUACCACACUCCAGGAGGGUUGGAGUUUAGAAAUCGGGAACUAUUGCUACAACUGUGCAGGGUACGGGUGCGUCUAUCACACCCUCCCCCACACCCAGUGCCCACCCUCCCCCACACCCAGUGCCCACCCUCCCCCACACCCAGUGCCCACCCUCCUCCACACCCAGUGCCCACCCUCCCCACACCCAGUGCCCACCACACCCUCCCCCACACCCAGUGCCCACCCUCCCCCACACCCAGUGCCCACCCUCCUCCACACCCAGUGCCCACCCUCCCCACACCCAGUGCCCACCACACCCUCCCCCACACCCAGUGCC